UUAUAAGUUUGUCUACCUCUCCAUUCCUUCCUUCCUCCCUCUCUGAUCCAUCUCUCUCUAAAACUAAUCACAGCGCCUAGGAGUUAGAAAACAAAAAGGAAAAGAAAGAUUUAAGAAAGAAAAGAAAGAAAUAGGUUCUCUUUAUAAGUGGUCUUGCAUGUGCUCCUCGGAAUCACAUUGUACUUUGUGUAGCCAUUAACUAAACAACCCCUCGGGUAUCAACUAUCUCAUUACAUCUAUAUAACCAACUCUGUUUUUCCAUUCACUCUCCCUCUUCUCUCUCCCACACUCAGGAAUACUAGGUUAACUUGAUCAAGGUCUUUCUUAGUUUGUUUGAUAACUAGCAAGCACAAUGGGUGAAGAAGUUAAACAGGAAGAAACUAAGCAAGAAGAGAAAAAAGAAGAAGAGAAACCAGUAGUAGAAGAAGAAAAGAAAGAAGAAAAGCCAGCUGAAGAAGAAGAAAAGAAACCAGCUGAGGAAGAACCGCCAAAACCACCUCCCGUUGUUGUUUUACAUGUUGACAUGCAUUGUGUUGGUUGUGCUAAGAAAAUAGAGAGAUCAAUCAUGAAAUGUAGAGGAGUUGAAGCAGUAGCAAUAGAUAUGGGUACAAAUCAGAUAACAGUGAAAGGAAUAGUCGAUCCACAAGCAUUAUGUGUGAGAAUACAGAAGAAAACUAAAAGAAGAGCAAAUAUACUAUCACCAUUACCUGCCACCGAAGGAGAACCAAUUCCUCAAGUUGUUACUUCACAGGUUAGUGGACCUAUCACUGUUGAACUAAAUGUGAAUAUGCAUUGUGAAGCUUGUGCACUUCAACUGAAGAAAAAGAUACUUAAAAUGAGAGGUGUCCAAACAGCAGAAACAGAAUUGAGUACUGGCAAGGUAACUGUUACAGGAACAAUGGACGCUGAGCGGUUGGUAGAUUACGUUUAUAGACGGACUAAAAAACAAGCUCGAAUUGUGCCCCAACCCGUACCCGAGCCCGUAAAAGAAGAGGAGAAAAAAGAUGAAGGUGGAGAAAAACCAGCAGAAGAAGCAGCGAAGCCGGCCGAUGAAGAAAAGAAAGAAGAGAAUGGUGAAAAGAAACAAGAAGAAGAAAGCGGUGAGAAGAAAGAUGAAGAAAAGAAAGAAGAUGGUAACAAUGGUGAACAAGGACAAAGUAAUGAAGAGAAAGGUGGUGGAAAUAACGAUGAACAAGUGCACAAGGAAGAUGAAUUUGUUGAAGUACAUCAUAAUGUAGAAACAAUGAAAAAAAUGAUGUAUUAUUAUCCACCCUACUAUCAUCUUCCUGCAAGAAAUUAUCCACCCCUUUAUGUCAUUGAAAGGGUCCCAGCUCCUCAACUAUUUAGUGACGAGAAUCCAAAUGCAUGUUGCAUUUCAUGAUUCUGUCACCAAUACCAGAAAACCAAGAAGAAAAAAAGCUAUUAGAAAAAAAGUUAAAAUUGAUAACGUUAUUAUGAUUGAAUUAUAGUACAGUAUAUAACAAGUUAAGAUAACUUUUACGGGUAUCUUUUUAUUCUUCGGAUAAUUAAUAUAUAUGGGCCAAUCAGAAAAUGGAAUGGGAA